UUUUCUACCUUCAAGGUACUCAAAGCGCUUUGACAGUAUUUCCACAUUUACCCAUUCACACACACAUUCACACAGUGAUGGCGGGAGCUGCCAUGCAAGGCGCUAACCAGCAGCCAUCAGAGGCAAAGGGUGAAGUGUCUUGCCCAAGGACACAACGGACGUGACUAGGAAGGUAGAAGUUACAGGUCCUCAGGUGCUCACUGUUCUGGGAAGAGAAGUGACGCUGGAGAAGACCUGUGGCUCCAUUGCAGACUGCACUUUCCAUGAGCUGUGUGGUCGAUCCCUUGGUGCCAGCGAUUACCUGGAGAUGGCGCGGCUCUUUGACACGGUGUUCAUUAGACACGUCCCUGUGCUGACACUGGCCAUGAAGGACCAAGUGAGGCGCUUCACCACCCUCAUUGACAACUUCUACGAUAAAAAGGUGAGAGUGGUGCUGCAGGCUGCGGUGCCUUUAGAGCAGCUGUUUGUCCACACUGGAGGGGAUGAUGAGCGGGACCAGCAGCUUCUGGAUGACUUGGGCCUGAGUCAGGAGGCAGCGGGGCGUCUGGCACUUUUCACGGGCGAGGAGGAGACCUUUGCCUUCCACAGGACUAUUUCUCGCCUGACGGAGAUGCAAGCGAAGACGUACUGGAUGGAGGGAGAUCGCGGCAUGGGGAAGAGACGCCGCCAUACUUAGGUGCCGACCUGAUAACUGUACUGCGUAUAAGCAACAUGUUACCUCAAACCAGGCAUCCGUCACUGCAAGAGCCAAAAAAUGAAUAAAUAAACAAAAGAUGCUGUAUUUCCUCACAUAUAGUGAUGGGAGGUGGGUUAUUUACUAAACCACAGAGAGCAUUUGUGUUUGUGGACUUAGAGAAGGCAUUCGACCGUGUCCCUCGGGAAGUCCUGUGGGGAGUGCUCAGAGAGUAUGGGGUAUCGGACUGUCUGAUUGUGGCGGUCCGCUCCCUGUAUGAUCAGUGCCAGAGUUUGGUCCGCAUUGCCGGCAGUAAGUCGGACACGUUUCCAGUGAGGGUUGGACUCCGUCAAGGCUGCCCUUUGUCACCGAUUCUGUUCAUAACUUUUAUGGACAGAAUUUCUAGGCGCAGUCAAGGCGUUGAGGGGA